UCCUCACAAACAGAUCAUAUUCUUAAUUUCCAGCUCUAACAUAAAGGAAUAUACACUGUUUGUGAGUGGCUUAAAGGAUUUGCCCAGCUGUGAGGAAGUAGACAGGACUGUAGAGCAAGUCAGGAGACCUGGGUUCUAAUUCUGGCUCUCACGCUCACUUAGGAUGUGAUGUGGGUGAGUCUCUUCAUCUCCACCCUGUGGCUGGCUCAGUUUCCUAAUCUACAGAACAUCUACAGAAUGAGAGACAGGGAGGGAGCAGGUGAUCUUCAAGGUGCUUUAGAGUUAACAUUGUGUCAUAUCUACAUGGUGUAUAACUUUGAACUUGUAUGUGGCAGAGGAGGUUUAGAGAUAUUAUCAUUCUUAUUUAAUAUGUUCCUUUUAAUAUAGGAAGUUUAUUUGUCAUUGCUUUUGAGACUUGGCCAUCACCCUUAAGAGGGCUCUUGGGCCAGGCGCGGUGGCUCACGCCUGUAAUCCCAGCACUUUGGGAGGCCGAGGCGGGCGGAUCACGAGGUCACGAGAUCGAGACCAUCCUGGUUAACACGGUGAAACCCCGUCUCUACUAAAAAUACAAAAAAUUAGUCGGGCAUGGUAGCGGGCGCCUGUAGUCCCAGCUACUUGGGAGGCUGAGGCAGGAGAAGGGCGUGAACCUGGGAGGCGGAGCUUGCAGUGAGCCGAGAUCGCGCCACUGCACUCUAGCGUGGGCGAGAGCGAGACUCCGUCUCAAAAUAAAUAAAUUAAUUAAAUUAAAUUAAAAAAAAAAGGGCUCUUGAUGGUGCUGUUGUGCAGAAUGGAAACUGACUUUAAGAAGGUCUUUAAUGAUCAUCAGAGCAUAUUUAUGUACUACUCUCUUGUAUGUGACCUGUGCCUAAUGUAGCUUUACUCCCAAGGUGACUCAUAGACUUGGAACUGGAAGGAAUCUAAUCCAUCCCCUUCAUUUUAUGUGCAAAGCAUAAAAACAAUAGCAAAUGCCUGUCUCAUGGAUUUUAUGUGCCAGGGACUCUUCUAAAUGCUUUACAUAUAUUAACUCACUCAAUCCUCCCAAUAGUCUUGAAGUAUGUUCUCUAUUUAAAUAACUAAGGAGCAGAGAAGUAAUUUGCUUAGAAUUAUACACCAUAAAGUGACAGAGCCAGGACUGGAACCCAGGCAACUUGCCUGUACUAGGGAUAUGGUUCAAGUUAGCCCAGCUAUCUAGCACCGGGCUUUUCUGUCAUCAGUGACCUAAAAUGUUUCACUAAAAGGAAAAGAUCCUAAUAAACCAUCUAUUGUGUGUUUCUUCUGGUUUUAUGAAGAGUAAUUUUGAGAGUUGCUUCAGUAAUGUGAUUGCACAGGAUGAAUUAAAUGAACACCAAAGCUUUUGUAAUUGAACUGAGUGACCCAGGAAGAGCUGAAUAGCAGUUUACUGACCUUAGACACAUCUAUUCAUGGACUCCUUUUUAGUUUGCAGUGCUGCACGAUGCAUUGUAAAACUAGUCUGUGUGCAUACACAUGCAUUAUUUCUGCUUACCUCUCAUAUGUGGGAAGCUGAACGUUUUAGGGAUUAAGAAAUCUGCCUCCAUUGCUGUUUAGAAGCCUCUGCUCCUUGCCUGGCACUACUGGCUGUUGGGAAUGUGAUGAUAAAUAAGAGUGCCUACCCUUGACUGGUUCACAGUUUGUUCCAGAGACAGAUAAUGAGGCAACAGUUCCAGUACAGUGUGAAUCCUGCUGCGAUAGGAACACAAAUGCAGCUUUGAGCUCCUGCAGCUUGUGCUUCUUCAGGGGCUUAUUCUCUUGUCCUGUAAGUAGUACACUUUUGAGGUAAGGUGAAGACAACAGCCCUGUUGCUUGCUCGGUUUGUGUUUUGUUUGUUUCUUUUGCGAUUGGCAUAACGGAACAAAGAAACGAAAGAUGUAGUUCUGAGGUUAUGCAGUUGAGUGGCCCAGCUGGGAGCAGCCCUCUCCAACCAAAUCAGGCCUUUCUUUCCUCAAACAAGAUAAUCUCAAAACAUAACCUGGUGGUUUUAUAUGUCUUCACUGUGGAGAUGUUUUGUGCUGUUCCUCUUUUUGUUUAUAACCUAUUUUUCCUUCCAAUAGACUGGGUUCUUUUUUUUUUUUUUUUUUGAGACAGGGUCUCGCUUUGUUGCCCAGACUGGGGUGCAGUGGCAUGAACACGGCUCACUGCAGCCUCAGCCUCCUGGGCUCAAGCGAUCCUCCCACCUCAGCCUUCUGAGUAGCUAGGACUACAGGCACGCAUCACCACGCAUGGCUAAUUUUUUAAUUUUUAUAGAGACAGAGUCUUGCUGUAUUGCCCAGGGUGGUCUUGAACUCCUGGGCUCAACCAAUCUUCCUGUCUUGGCCUCCCAAAGUCUUGGUUCUUUUCACUAGGACAUUCUCUUCCUCCACCAAAUUACGGAGAUAAGAACUUUGUUUAUAACCUUAAAAUUUGCUUAAUAGUCAGUGGUGUUAACAUUGGGCCAUUACACAAUUACACACUAUUCUUGAGAAUGUCUAGGAGUGUUUUAUUAGGUAAUACCCAGUUUCUUUAAGGUAAAGGAGUGAUAGGGAGCUGAGGCUGUAUGCAUAGGGUGCUUGGAUUUGUUUCUCUGGCCAAGCAUACCCUUAAAAGUGUCGGGCAGUAGAAAAUGGAUGGAAUUCCACUCCUGAAUCUGCUACUGUUACUUUUGGCAAGUUACUCAAUCUCUCUGAGGUUGUGUUUGGAGGUAUGUAAAAUAAAAAUAAAAAUAGCUAUUUAGUUGAGUUGUUAGGAAGAACAAAUAACAUAUGUAAAGUGUCUCCAUGCUGGCAUGCCAUAGUAACCCCAUAAAUGAUUGCUGUUGUUACCUUUAUAAGUGAGAUAUACCAGUGUCUUUCUGACCAUGUCUUUCUGACCGUGGGAUUUUGAGCUACUGGUGUGCCUUUGCUUUAUUCUUGGUCUCAUUCCUUCUUUAUGUCUCAGAAUAUCUCUGUUGUUCCAAAACCAAAGUUUGAGCAGACACAGUAUAGUAAAUGAGGAUAGCCAGUGUCCAAGGUAGCUGGUUAUAUUUUUUCCGGAGGUGAUCACUGCCAAGUUAAAUUAAAAAGGGAAGACCAGAGUUUCCCUGUCAGUUCUACUGGGCAUCACAGUCGCAUGUCCACGAUAUAAGGAAAAAGGACACUUGUGAUGUAGUUCUCUGGCAGGUAUUGUGGACAGGAACAUGGUAGUAGCAUCCAGCUCCAGUCUGCCCCUGUCCUGCCUCCAGUCAGGGCUGUACGCUGUGGACCAAAGAUCAUGCUCGCUGAUGAGAGCCACCCUGCUGGUGACCUCAGUGCUGCCGACCCAUUUACAUCCCAGCCCUGCCACAUUCCUACAGUGGGAGGUUGAACACAUUUCUUAACCUUGAUGAGCCUCAGUUUCAUCAUCAGUAAAAUGAAGUUAAUGGAACCAUGGAAUCUACCUUGGAGAGUUGCUAGAAGAAUGAAAUGAAGUCACAUAUGUUUAGUGCCCAGCACAGCGUCCAGCACAUAGGUGGUACAGAACUCGCUCUUUACUGAGCGUGUUUGAAGAAGAUGCUGGCACCCUCACAGACUAUACCAACCAGCUGCUCCAGGCAAUGCAGCGCGUCUAUGGAGCCCAGAAUGAGAUGUGCCUGGCCACACAACAGCUUUCUAAGCAACUGCUGGCAUAUGAAAAACAGAACUUUGCUCUUGGCAAAGGUGAUGAAGAAGUAAUUUCCACACUCCACUAUUUUUCCAAAGUGGUGGAUGAGCUUAAUCUUCUCCAUACAGAGCUGGCUAAACAGUUGGCAGACACAAUGGUUCUACCUAUCAUACAAUUCCGAGAAAAGGAUCUCACAGAAGUAAGCACUUUAAAGGAUCUAUUUGGACUCGCUAGCAAUGAGCAUGACCUCUCAAUGGCAAAAUACAGCAGGCUGCCUAAGAAAAAGGAGAAUGAGAAGGUAAAGACCGAAGUUGGAAAAGAGGUGGCCGCGGCCCGGCGGAAGCAGCACCUCUCCUCCCUUCAGUACUACUGUGCCCUCAACGCGCUGCAGUACAGAAAGCAAAUGGCCAUGAUGGAGCCCAUGAUAGGCUUUGCCCAUGGACAGAUUAACUUUUUUAAGAAGGGAGCAGAGAUGUUUUCCAAACCUAUGGACAGCUUUUUAUCCUCCGUUGCAGACAUGGUUCAAAGCAUUCAGGUAGAACUGGAAGCCGAGGCGGAAAAGAUGCGGGUGUCCCAGCAAGAAUUACUUUCUGUUGAUGAAUCUGUUUACACUCCAGACUCUGAUGUGGCCGCACCACAGAUCAACAGGAACCUCAUCCAGAAGGCUGGUUACCUUAAUCUUAGAAACAAAACAGGGCUGGUCACCACCACCUGGGAGAGGCUUUAUUUCUUCACCCAAGGCGGGAAUCUCAUGUGUCAGCCCAGGGGAGCCGUGGCUGGAGGUUUGAUCCAGGACCUGGACAACUGCUCAGUGAUGGCCGUGGAUUGCGAAGACCGGCGCUACUGCUUCCAGAUCACCACGCCCAAUGGAAAAUCGGGAAUAAUCCUCCAGGCUGAGAGCAGAAAGGAAAAUGAAGAGUGGAUAUGUGCAAUAAACAACAUCUCCAGACAGAUCUACCUGACCGACAACCCUGAGGCAGUCGCGAUCAAGUUGAAUCAGACCGCUCUGCAAGCAGUGACUCCCAUUACAAGUUUUGGAAAAAAACAAGAAAGCUCAUGCCCCAGCCAGAACCUGAAAAAUUCAGAGAUGGAAAAUGAAAAUGACAAGAUUGUUCCCAAAGCAACAGCCAGGCUACCUGAAGCAGAGGAGCUGAUCGCGCCUGGAACGCCGAUUCAAUUCGAUAUUGUGCUUCCUGCUACAGAAUUCCUUGAUCAGAACAGAGGGAGCAGGCGUACCAACCCUUUUGGUGAAACUGAGGAUGAAUCAUUUCCAGAAGCAGAAGAUUCUCUUUUGCAGCAGAUGUUUAUAGUUCGGUUUUUGGGAUCAAUGGCAGUUAAAACAGACAGCACUACUGAAGUGAUUUAUGAAGCGAUGAGACAAGUAUUGGCUGCUCGGGCUAUUCAUAACAUCUUCCGCAUGACAGAAUCCCAUCUGAUGGUCACCAGUCAAUCUUUGAGGUUGAUAGAUCCACAGACUCAAGUAUCAAGGGCCAAUUUUGAACUUACCAGUGUCACACAAUUUGCUGCUCAUCAAGAAAACAAGAGACUGGUUGGUUUUGUCAUCCGUGUUCCUGAAUCCACUGGAGAAGAAUCUCUGAGUACAUACAUUUUUGAAAGCAACUCAGAAGGCGAAAAGAUAUGUUAUGCUAUUAAUUUGGGAAAAGAAAUUAUUGAGGUUCAGAAGGAUCCAGAAGCACUGGCUCAAUUAAUGCUGUCCAUACCACUAACCAAUGAUGGAAAAUAUGUACUGUUAAACGAUCAACCAGAUGACAAUGAUGAUGGAAAUCCAAAUGAACAUAGAGGCGCAGAAUCUGAAGCAUAACUCACUUGCGCCUGUGGGGGAAGAGCAAACAGGAAGGAGAGCUACCUCCUAAGGGUUUUAACUUCUCUAACAUACAGGCACACUGACCUGAUUUCCGAAGGCUGACAAUCGUUUGUGGAAUGUAAUCUUGAUGCCUUGAUACUGAGACUUAGGAGGGAAACUAAGAAAUGGUUGACAGCGUUCCCACCCAUCUACAAUGUUAUUUUAGGUGCUUUGUGGUAAGUCUUUUUUCUUAGAUUGCGCUAAAUUUCUUAGAUUGUUCAGCGCUCAGAACAAAAGUUUGAAAAAUGCAUUGUUCAUAUGAAUGUCAUCUCUUCAGUUUCCAGUAUCCUUUUUAAAAAAUGGCAAAAGCCUAGAUUUACAAUUUGAUGAACACUAAAUAUUUCUUAUUAAUAUCUAUUUUUGUAUUUUACUUAAUGAGCUUUAAGUGCCUGUCGUUCUGAAAAUUGUGUAUUUAUAAUUCAGCUUAUCUCAUAAUUGGACCUAAUAGCAUUUCUUUGUGCAGUUAGGUGAUGAGCACUGCUUUGAGGACCAAGCACUAGUAGAGAUGCGCGAUACAGGUCUAGUUUCGGUAACUGUUCCAGACAUCAAGCAAUAAAAAAAUGAAUACCACAAAAGAUGUUUGAUUUUACAGUGGAGCCUUACUGAACCAGCAUUCAGAAGUUUAAGGUCCUCCUAGGUAUGAGUAUUUUUAGUAGUGGAUCACUGUGGACAGGGUGCAGCUCUACCAGUUCCUGUUUCUUCUGAGCCAGACCCUCUUCAGGGAAGGGACCAAUUAAUUUUAAAACUCACUUGAAGCACAGCUGGUCAUGGGGCUUGGUAUAAAGUUCCUAUUUCCACCCUGAUACUUCCAAUUCCUGGAACCCCAGCCCACUCCCCCAUCCCUCCUCCCUAUCAAACUAGUAUAAUGAUUUUGAAUCGGUACAGUGUGUCUAACUGUAACUAAGUUCAACAGACUAUUAUUAUCUUUGUAAUAAAUUAACCUAGCAAUAAAAAUUAUUGUUUCUUUC